UGGUUAAAUAAAUUAUUUCAAAUUAGUGCAAAGAGGCGACUUGAAUUAGAAGAUCUGUAUCAGUUAAGUGAUGCCGAUAAAUCGGACGCACUAUUAAAGAAAUUUGACAGGGAAUGGGAUAAAGAAUUAAAAGUUCGAGAUAAUGGCGGUAGACCAAGUUUAACUCGAGCGUUGUUCAGAAUUUUUGGUUUUAGCUAUCUUCUAAUUGGUAUUCCGUGUCUUAUUGGGUUAUGUAGUAGGACCGUCUAUCCUAUAUUUAUUGGACUCCUUGUUGGGUGCUUUUCGCCUCAAUCGACUGCUGAUAAAACUCAAGGAUAUCUUUAUGCUCUUGGUUUAUCAUUGUCGAUGUUCAUAAUCGUUUUCUGUGAACAACCGGCUUAUUUUAGUGCUUACCGAGUUGGCUCUCAAUUAAGAACUGUUCUAUCUGCAGCUGUAUAUAGAAAGACGCUAAAUCUAAGUAGCGGAGCUGUAUCACAGAUCACAAUCGGUCGAAUUGUCAAUAUACUGGCUAAUGAUAUGCUGAAAUUUAACGAUGUUACCAAAUACUUACAUUAUUUAUGGAUUGGAACAUUAGUUGGAAUUGCUAUGAUAGUUGUGUUAUGGUUACAAGUCGGUUUUGCAGCUCUUGGCGUAAUUAUAGCGUUAAUUUUCAUCUUAGCUCUAAAGACUUAUAUAGCAUCAUUGCUAGCAAAAGAGAGAUUACGCUAUUUACGCUAUGCAGACGAGCGAAUUAAAAUCAUGAAUGAAAUUAUAACGGGGAUGAGAGUUAUCAAAAUGUAUGCUUGGGAGAAACCGUUUUCCAAGAUUGUCACCCAUGUUCGAGGGAAAGAAAUCAAACACGCGUUAAGGAUCGCUUAUAUGAGGGCUUUUCAUGCUGCAAUGCAAUUCAUAUCACUUAGACUGAUGUUAUUCUGUUCUGUUGUGAUUUAUGGUCUAUUUGGAAAUCCGUUGGAUCUUGCUAGAAUUUUUACAGUCUUCACGUUACUAUUAGGCAUUCGAUUGAUCUUUAUGUUUUGCAUACCGGAAGCUAUUCAAAAUAUAUCAGAAACUUCAGUUUCACUAAAACGUAUCCAGGACUAUUUACUAGCUGAAGAAUUACCUAAUAUUAGCUUAGUUCAGUUAGAUAAAAAUUACGAUAUGAAUAAUAAAGAACCUGUAGAAGUCAAUAAUCUAUCGAUCUGGUGGUCGGACGAGAAUAGACCAGUUUUAAAAGAUAUAUCUUUUAUGGUUAAAGAAAACGAAUUAUGUGCCGUAGUCGGACCAGUAGGAAGCGGAAAAUCUACACUUUUAGUGACACUGUUGAAUGAUGUGACUACAUUUAGUGGUCAUUAUAGGGUUAGAGGAAAAAUUGCUUACGCUUCUCAACAAGCGUGGAUUGUUUCAGAUACAUUAAGAAAUAACAUUCUAUUUGGCUUGGAAUAUGAUGACGCGAAGUAUAAUGAAGUGAUUGAUGCUUGUGCUCUAAGAAAGGAUUUAGAUUUAUUACCUAAUGGCGAUAUGACGUUUGUUGGCGAAAGAGGAGUACAAUUAAGUGGCGGUCAGAGGAUGAGAGUUAAUCUUGCGAGAGCUGUAUAUUAUAAUGCUGAUAUAUACUUACUGGACGACCCUCUAAGUGCUGUAGACGCAGAUGUUGGUAAACAUAUUUAUCAAAGAUGCAUUUGUGGCUAUUUAAGCAAUAAGACGCGCGUAUUAGUCACUCAUCAACUACAUCAUCUAAGAUCUGCAGAUAAGAUAGUCGUUUUAAAAGACGGAAGAAUCGAUAAAAUAGAUACUUUCCAAAAUCUACAAAUAAACUCUGAUGUAUUUUCGAUGACUACACAACAGCAGUCAUUAAAAACAUUUAAUAACGAAUUAGCAGAAAGUACGAUUACACAAAAUAAGAUAGAAAAUAAUAACGGUGGAGUUAUCGAAGAGGAAAACCGUAAUAGAGGCAGUAUACCUUGGAGAGUUUAUAUUAAGUAUUUUACAUCAGCAUUCGGUCCUACUCGUUCAGUUUUUGCCUGUAUACUAUUUGUAGCUUCUCAAGCAUCCUUUAAUGUUGCUGACUGGUGGUUUUCACAGUGGUCUUAUGCAUAUCAAAAUAUAUCUCUUUCGCGUAAUAGUUCAGUGGAAUUAAACACUGUAAUUAUGUAUGACCUCUCGAAUGCCGAUGUAAUAGCUAUAUACGCGGGACAAUUAGGGAUUUGUUUCUUAUUGGUUAUGAUAUGUUCAUGGGUUUUGGGUGCAAUGGCAGUAAGAGCGUCUAAACGUCUAGAAAGUAAAUUAUUUCAUUCGCUAUUAGAAACUAUCAUAUAUAUUUUCGACACUUAUCCGUCAGGAAGAAUCUUAAAUAGAUUUUCGAAAGAUUGUGCACAGAUGGAUGAUAAUAUCGGUUAUAAUUUGGUAUUCACAGUUCAGUGUAUCUUGGUCUGCAUUGGACAAGUUUUGACUAUCGCGAUUGUAAAUCCAUGGAUGUUAAUUCCGAUAACGAUAAUAUCAGUGUUAUUAAUAUUUUUAAGAAAAUAUUAUUUGAAUCUUUCAAGAGAUGUCAAACGCUUAGAGGCUGCAGGAAGUAGUCCGUUAUAUAGCCAUAUGUCUACUACACUGCAAGGCCUAACUACUGUAAGAGCUUACGGUGCAAGUUCGAGAUUUUUAGAGACAUUUAAAGAAUAUCUCGAUAUGCAUACACAAUCAUGGAUCGUAUUUAUUGCUUCAAUUCGAUGGAAUGCAUUCCACAUCGAUUUCUUGUGUUCAUUUCUCGUAGCAGGUCUUUCAUUCAGUCUGGUUCUAUUACCUGAAGGAUAUAUCAAUCCUGGAUUAUCAGCAUUACUUUUAAGUUAUGCCGUAGACAUGCUGGGGUUAUUAGACUGGGUAGUGAGACUAAGCUCUGAAUUAGAAAAUCAGAUGACAUCAGUUGAACGUGUGGAUGAGUAUACUAAAUUACAAAAAGAAAAUAAGUUCUAUAAAGAAAUCGAUCCUCCUACAAAAUGGCCUCAACUUGGCACUAUUAAAUUUAAUAACGUCUGUUUUACUCAUUACAAAACCUUGCCUUAUGUUCUUCAAUCUAUUACAUGCGAAAUCAAAAAGUUUGAGAAAAUAGGAAUUGUUGGACGCACCGGUGCUGGCAAAUCAUCAUUUCUAGCAUCUAUGUUCAGAUUAGCCGAGCCUACAGGACAAAUUUCAAUAGAUGAUGUUGUAAUUAAUAACAUCGGAUUACAUUGUUUACGAAGCUCAUUAUCGGUUAUACCGCAGGAUCCGGUAUUAUUCAUCGGUACUAUCAGAAAGAAUUUAGACCCUUUUAAUUGUUAUAACGAUGAAGAGUUAUGGAAAGCGUUAAAGGAGGUCGAAAUGGAGAAUUAUGUUAUCCAAUUACCCGACAAAUUAGAUAGUGAAGUAUCUGAAUUUGGAACAAACUUUAGUGUAGGCCAACGUCAAUUAUUGUGCCUAGCGAGGGCGCUCCUUAAGAAAAAUCGUAUACUAUGUAUCGAUGAAGCAACUGCUAAUGUCGAUCUGAAAACUGACGCUAUUAUCCAACGGACAAUUCGUAAACAAUUUAUUGAGUGCACUGUACUAGUUAUCGCUCAUCGUAUAAGUACUAUAAUAGAUUGUGAUCGAGUUAUGGUGUUAGAUGCAGGAAAACUUGUCGAAUUCGACUCACCUCAUAAACUAUUAGAAUUAGAUAGCUAUUUCAGUAAGUUAGUAGCCGAGACGGGUAUUGAAGAAAGUAAAAAUUUACGUGUACAAGCUGAGUAUCAUUAUAACCAUCCAGAGGUAUUUGCAAGAUCAGAUAAAGCAGAUAUAGCGGAAAUUAAUUUAGAAACGGAUAUUUCAUUUAAAGGCGAUCGACGACAGGUAAAAUUACUAGAAAUAGGAAUAUACUUUGAGAAUAUAUAUUAUUUUUAUGUCAGUUAA